AUGGCAAUGGUCUCUGCGAUGUCCUGGGUCCUGUAUUUGUGGAUAAGUGCUUGCGCGGUGCUGCUCUGCCAUGGAUCCCUUCAGCACACUUUCCAGCAGCAUCACCUGCACCGACCAGAAGGAGGAACAUGUGAAGUGAUUGCUGCGCACAGAUGUUGUAAUAAAAACCGCAUUGAGGAGCGGUCGCAAACAGUCAAGUGUUCCUGUCUACCUGGGAAAGUGGCUGGAACGACAAGAAACCGACCUUCCUGUGUCGAUGCCUCCAUUGUGAUCGGGAAAUGGUGGUGUGAGAUGGAGCCUUGUCUAGAAGGAGAGGAGUGUAAGACACUCCCUGAUAAUUCUGGAUGGAUGUGUGCUACAGGCAAUAAAAUCAAGACCACAAGAAUUCACCCAAGAACCUAA